AUGUUUAAAGCCAGACCUGGGAGAAAAGAAAGAGAGAGAGAGAGAGAGAGAGAGAGAGAGAGACGACCCUCCCCUCCCNCNCNCCCNCNCNCNCNCNCUCUCUCNCNCNCNCNCGACGACGACGACGACGACGACGACGACGACGACGACGACGACGACGACGACGACGACGACGACGACGACGACGACGACGACGACGACGACGACGACGACGACGACGACGACGUACUAAUGUCGGGUUUGCAGCCCACCCAGCAGGGCAAGGAAGAAGGACACUCGAUAUCAAACGCUCUCACAAUGUAG